AUGGAUAAUGAAGAGACCUACGAUCAUUACAACAUCGAAGUCGGAAACGACACCGUUCAGACGCUAGUGACCAACAGCCCGGGCAUGGUCGAUUCAUGGAUUGCCAAGAUCGAGCGUAUCCACCGCCGCCGCCUGAACCGUCUCGUCAUCGGGCUCGACAUCGAGUGGAGACCCAACUUCAGGCGUGGGCAGUCGAAUCCAGUCGCCCUCCUCCAACUCUGCGUCGGCCGCCGCUGCCUCAUCUUCCAGAUACUCCACGCUCCCAACUUCCCCGAUUCGCUCACUCAGUUCCUUGGUGACGGCAACUACACCUUCGUCGGGGCCGGAGUUUAUAAAGACGCUGAGAGGCUGGCGUCGGAGUUGGACGUGGAUGUGACAACUUGCGUAGAACUCGGGGACCUUGCGGUGGAGGCCUCCGGCGGCGACCGGAGAAUGAAGAAUGCUGGGUUGAAGGGUUUGGCGAGGGAGUUUCUUGAAAUGGAUUUGGAGAAGCCGCGGGAAGUGCAGCUGAGCAAAUGGGACGCGCGCUGGCUGACGUUGGAUCAGGUUCAGUACGCGUGCACUGAUGCUUUCGUGUCCUUUGAGAUUGGGAGGGUCUUGGAAGCCUGGAAAUAA